UAGGAAUUGAUUUUUAUUGGCUCGAGUUGAACUUUUCUAAAUCGGGGUCAAUCGAUAUGCACGUGCAGUUUUGACUGUUGAUGACUCGUCACAAUAUCUGUGUUCAUCUGGUAAAAUAUUGACUGCCUCGAGAUGUGGUGGUUUGUGGUAUUGACCUCAUCCAGUUUAGUAACUUUGGUCAGCUCGUCGGAGUUCAAUGUUUAUAGUGACAGUAAACAGGGUGAUGACGAUAUUUUACACAUUCAAACUGAUUGUGCAGCCACCUUAUCCGGGCGCACGAGAAUAACAGUGACGUCAUCACAAGAUGUUAACGUUCGUGUCGUCUGUCGGAAUGAUCACGUGGCUCAGCCUGUACCAGCCGAUAAAGUACAUUACAUACAGGAAGUGGCGUUUGGUAAAGAGGAUGACGAACCAUGUCAAUUUGAUAAAAAGGUGGACUCUAAUGUAUAUACAGUGAUGUUGUAUGUAGCUCAAAUUGAUAAGGAAUCGGGGUUCGCCAUUAGUCAAUUACGUCAUGAUUUUUUGGUAACGUGUACCUAUGACGAGAAAGGAGCUUCUGUGUCUGAAGAAAAGGAAAUCUCCUCGGACAACAUCGGUUUCCAUGAACAUAUUCAGGAGAUAGGAGGAGCGAUAACAGCUGAUAUUACUCUGUAUUUGGAGAAGGCGAACGGUGACCUAGCCAGCAGUCCUGUACCACUGGGAACAACAGUUAGAUUGGUUGCUAACGUCACUUCCGGUGAUGAAUAUAUUCGACCUUUGACCUGCUCAGCGAGUAAUGGAGUUUACAACCAUACGGUCUUACUGGCAGGUUGUGGUGAUGGAAUUGUAUUUAAAAAAGAAAUGGGGUUUACGACCAAAGCUCGCCAAAUGUUUAGUCCGUUCUUCCCAGCAUUUCGACUUCGUGGGAACCCAUCUUUAGUGUACGCCUGUAAAUUUGUGUCGUGUGAGAGCAGCUGUGAUGGAAGUUCGUGUUCGAAAGAGAAACUGGAAGAUAGAAAAAAGAGGGCUGUCGAAGGUAGAGAAUAUCACGUGACUUCCAACAGCUUCACCAUUGAAGGAAGCAAAAAGGACCCCCACGUGAUCCAUGUGGAUGCUACGAAACCUAAACCCGUUAACAAGUCUAAUUUUAGAUAUUAAUAAAACUCGGUCCCUAAAAGUUAUUUUGCAACAUAAAAUAAGAUUUAAUCCCGG